AUGAGGCGAUAUAUGGUAUCUCAUGCCUGGCAGAUCCUGAAAAAAGAACUGGGACUGUACCAGCUGGUCAGGGAUAUCAUCAUGAUGAUCCGAGUAUGCAAAAUGUUCCGCCAAGGCCUCAAGGGGUUCCGGGAAUAUCAGAUCAUUGAGGCUGCUCACAGAAAGCACCCGAUCUUCUCCUUCUGGGAUAAAAAGAAGCAAGGCCGAAUCACUUUUGAUACCAUGGACUUGGCUGCAGAGGAGGGCCACCUCCCUCCAAAGGCCAUUAAGAUCACACGGAAGAAGCCUUCCUGGAGGACAAAGCAGGACAUCCAGACUCUCUGCAAAAUCCUGCAGGUCCUGGAUAGCUACCGGAACUACUCAGAGCCCCUGCAGCUGCUCCUGGCCAAAGUCAUGCGCUUUGAACGCUUCAGCCGGCGGCGAGUGAUCGUGAAGAAGGGGCGGCGGGGCAACAGCUUCUACUUCAUCUACCUGGGCACCGUGGCCCUCACUGAGGACGACGAUGGCAGCAGUGCCUUCCUGGACCCCCACCCCACGCUGCUGCACAAGGGCAGCUGUUUCGGGGAAAUGGGCUUUCUGAGCGCUUCCAUCAGGAGGGCCACGGUGGUCUGCAUGGAGGAGACGGAGCUCUUGGUUGUUGACCGGGAGGACAUGGCCACUAACGAGCUGGAUGAGGAAAUUGAGAAGAACGCUCAAUAUCGGUUUGGAUUUUUUAGGGAAAUGGAUCUGUUUCAGUCGUGGUGCGACGAGAAGCUCUGGCAGCUUGUGACUCUGGGGAAGGUGGAGAAGUUCUCCUACAAGCAGCUCAUCUCCAAAGACCUCGCCGAGUCGGCCUCGGUCCUGUUUAUCUGCAAGGGCAGCUGUGAAGUCCUGCGGCUGAUAGACCUCACCAACUCGCCGUCCUACUGCAGGUGGAUCUGGCAGCACCUGGAGCUGAUAGAGGACAGGCCUCUGGAGACCCACCUGGCAGAAUCCUCUCCCAAGGAGAGAUUUAAGCAGUUCCAGAUCAAAUCCUAUCCUCUCCAGGACUUCAGCUCUUUGAAACUUCUGCAUCUCCAGAAUGCCAGGGAGCAGCAGAGGACGAGCUUGGGCAGGAAGAUCCAAACCUCAGGAAGCAACCUCCCGAAGAUGAUGGGCCCCAAGAUCAAGUCCAGGGAUGCUCAUUUGAUCAAAUGCCCUAUGAUCAACACCAAGUUUGGGGAGCUCCCGAAAGAGGCUGCCGUGGGUGCCUACAUGAGAAUCCACACCGUGGAGCAAGGAGAAAUCGUGGGCUUGUACCAGGUCUUCCUCCCACAGAACCAGCGGGACCUGCGGCCCUUGGCCCUCGUGAGCCUGGGCGCUGAGGUCAUAGAGAUAAAGAAGGAGAAAUUCUGUGAACUGAUCGGCGAGGACGAGGAGAUACGAGACAAGUUGACGAGGAUGGAGAUUGAGUACCCCAGCGACGAGGACAUGUGCCAGAGGUUCCUCCAGGAGAACAGCUGGAACCUCUUCCGGAAGGACCUGGUGCGGCUGCUGCUGAGGAGUCGCCAGAACCCACCGUUCGCCCCGGCCUGGCCCAAGAAGAAACGGAUCUACAACCCCAAGUCUGUGAUGCUGGACUUGUGUAGCAUCGAGAAGAAGAGUAAACGGCCUCACCCCGUCGUCAUGGCGCCCCAGAAGUCCCUCCCCCCACUGAGGAUUGUCCAAGCCAUUGUAGCGCCGCGGUACAAGAUCCAGGAAGUCCUGCCUCAGUACAAGAAUGACGGCGUCCUCAUUUAGAACCAAUAAAGGCAGUUGG